AACUCGUGAGACUUUUUUCGGUAAAUGAAGUGACAAAAAGGAUAUUUCCUCUCUCUCUCAACCCAAAAUCCCAACUAUAAAACCUCAACUCCAAACCCAAUUUUUAUUUGUCUCAUCUUACUCAAUACGAGUUUUACAACAACCAACACCAUUCCCCCAAGCCUAAAAAUAAGAAGAAAAAAAAAUACAUAAAUUGUUAAGACAGACUCAAAAACGACACCGUUACAUGGCAACUCCCGACCUAACAACGAAUCAAACGGCGGGAGACGAUCACGGCUGUGAAAGGACAAUCUCAGCCCUCCAUCCCGACAUCAUUCGGGCCCAUAUUCUGGCCCGUCUCGACGGCCCGUCCCUGGCUUCGGCCGCUAGCGCGUCGUCUCAACUCCACGCGCUUUCCGUUGACGAGUCCCUAUGGCAAGACAUAUGCACUUCCAUGUGGCCCUCCGUAGCGGAUCCCCGCCUCCAACAACUUAUCGUCUCCAACUUCCCUUCUGGCCACCGUUCUUUCUUCUCCGACUCAUUCCCAACAAUAGACGAGGUUCCGCCACGUGUAUUCAAUCACAAUCUCAGCCGUCCAUCCGGAUUAAUCUCCGCCGUCGAUAUUUUCUACCAGGGAAAACUCGUCCUCUCCAAAAUCGAAGAGACCGAAACCUUAUCAGAGUGGUUCCUCUGCUCACCGUUUCUGGUCGAAUUAAUCGACCCGAAAGAUCCGAUCCCGACAGAUAUACGACGCGCCGCCGUGCCCGGGGACGACGACGGCGCGUGGCUGAAACACUUGGAAGAAAAUGUAACGCUGAGCUGGAUACUUAUCGACCCAAACCUUAAGAGGGCUGCGAAUGUUUCGAGCCGGAGACCUGUAUCGGUUAAUCGACACUGGCUGACCGGAGAAAUUCAGCUCCGAUUCUCGACGGUGAUGACGGGGGCGAGAGAGGUGGUGCAGUGUGGGUUGGUGGUCACGUGCGGGGGUGAUACUGAUAAGGAAAGAGGGAAGAUGCACGUGAGGGAGGUGGGGUUACACGUGGAGGAUAUGGAAGGUAGGCACCUGAAGGGGAGUGAGAGCUUGGUUAUAUUGGGAAACGCCAUUGAAGGAGGAGGUAGGAGAAAGGUACGGAAGAGUAGAGAGGGGAAAGAGAGAUAUGAGGAAUAUUUGGGUUUGAGGAGAGAGAGUAGAGAGAGAAAGCUUAGUCGAGAGAAAGCUCUUGACUUGGUCUGCAUCGUUACUGGCCUUUCUAUUUUUAUCUUUUUUUGGUCUUUUAUUCUUUUCAGAUAAAGAAAAAAAGGAAAACAGUUAUUACGGUUAGUUACUCUGUUGUACAAUGUACAUAACAUUACAUAAAUUACAUUAGGAAAAGAGACAGGUAAAUAGGGAUUGAAUUGGAUUGCAGCCAAUGAAGUUGUUUAUAUUAAUAUUUGAAUAUAAAAGUAAUGUAUAUUUACUUUACCAAAAA